AUGCGCAGUAUAUUCUACGUUGCUCUUGCCUUUGCGGUCUUAGCUCGCAGUAGCUCCGUCGAAGCGUUCCCGAAUCCCAAGGAGCCUCAGCUCUUGUCAAAGGCGUCCCCUGACAAAAGAUCCCUUCGGGUCGAAGGCCAAGAAGUUGUCCAAGGCGGCACGCUGGACGGGAACGGUGGAGUCUGGAAAGCCAUAGCCCAUACUACUAAUAAGAUCGUCAAGAAGCCGGAGAUAGACGUUAGCAAACUCAUCGACGUGGCCAAGAAGGCAAAAAAGGUGAAGAAGUUGAAAAACUUGAUGAAGCUUAAGAAAUCGUCAUCGUAG